AUGGCACAAGAAGAUAUGUUAAUUGAUUAUGAUUAUAUGGAUUUAGGUCAUGAAGCAACUUCUAAACUAUGGUCACCAACUUAUAAACAUUUUAAAUAUAAUGAAAAAACAAAAAAAUGGAAAUAUGACUAUUGCAUUAAAGCUUAUGAAAAAAGAGAUACUUCAACUUUUUGGAAACAUUUAAGAAGCAAACAUCUUGAUAAAAUUAAUAAUAUACCAGAAGAAAUUUCUGAACUUUCUGAAAAAAUAUCUAAAUUAUCUUUUACUAUUGAUACUUGGACUAGUGCAAAUUAUUUACCAUUUUUGGGUAUUUCAGCUCAUUGGAUUAAUAAUAAUUUAAAUUUGCAAUCAGUUGUUUUAGAUUUUUGCUACUUGCCUGGAUCACAUACAGGAAAAAAUUUAACAUCAAAAUUUUUAGAAGUCUUGUCAGAUUUUAAUCUUAAUUCAAAGUAUAUUUCAAGCAAUAAAAAUAUUAAUUUUAAUAUAAAAAAUCAACAUAUUAGAUGUUUUGCGCAUAUAAUAAAUUUAGUAGCAAGAGAUUUAAUUAAAGAACUUUAUAUUAAAAUUGAAUUUGAUAAUGAUAAUGAUAUAUUAAAAGAUAAAGAUAUAGAAAAAUUAAAUAAUAUUAUUUUUAGAUAUUUUAAAGAUGCUACUGAUUAUGCUGAAGAUAAAUUAAAUGAUACAAUUAAAAAUAAUACAGAACAAAUUAUUAAAAAUACUGCAAAUGCUGCAAAAAAUAAAAUUCUUAAAUAUUAUUUAUUUACAGAUAAAGAUUUAUAUAAAAUUUCUAUAAAUCCUAGAUUAAAAUUAGAAUAUUUUAAAAAUAAUAAUUUUAAUUCUACAUAUAUUACUGAAGCAAAAAAACUUAUUUUUAAAAUUUGGAAUCAAGAGUAUAAAGAAAAAUAUCCAAAUAUGCUUCAGCAAAAAAGAAAUGAUAGUAAUAAUAAGCAUGAUAAUAUAUUUUUACAUGUUUUUAAACAAAGAAAAGUUGAUUAUACUAAUAAACUAGAAGACUAUCUUUCUGCUUCUAUUAAAAAUAAAAAUAUAGAUAUUCUUUUAUGGUGGAAGUUACAAGUAAUAACAUAUCCAAAUUUAACAAGAAUGGCUCAAAAUUAUUUAGCUAUUCUAGCAACAAGUGCACCUAUAGAACGAAUUUUUUCUAAUGCUACAGAUUUAAUUACACCUAAAAGAAAUAAUUUAAAAAGUAAAACUAUAAAUAAACUUAUAUGUUUAAAAAGUUGGCUGAAAUUAAAUUCAUCUAAAUUAGAUUAA